AUGGCGGACGGGGAGCUGAACGUGGACAGUCUCAUCACCCGACUGCUGGAGGUACGAGGAUGUCGUCCAGGAAAGAUUGUGCAGAUGACUGAAGCAGAAGUUCGGGGCUUAUGUAUCAAGUCUCGGGAGAUCUUUCUCAGCCAGCCUAUUCUUUUGGAGUUGGAAGCACCCCUGAAAAUUUGUGGAGAUAUUCAUGGACAGUAUACAGAUUUACUGCGAUUAUUUGAAUAUGGAGGUUUCCCACCGGAAGCCAACUAUCUUUUCUUAGGAGAUUAUGUGGACAGAGGAAAGCAGUCUUUGGAAACCAUUUGUUUGUUAUUGGCUUAUAAAAUCAAAUAUCCAGAGAACUUCUUUCUUUUAAGAGGAAACCAUGAGUGUGCUAGCAUCAAUCGCAUUUAUGGGUUCUAUGAUGAAUGCAAACGAAGGUUUAAUAUUAAAUUGUGGAAGACCUUCACCGAUUGUUUUAAUUGUCUGCCUAUAGCUGCCAUUGUGGAUGAAAAGAUCUUCUGUUGUCACGGAGGACUGUCACCAGAUCUGCAAUCUAUGGAACAGAUUCGGAGAAUUAUGAGACCCACUGAUGUCCCUGAUACAGGUUUGCUCUGUGAUUUGCUGUGGUCUGACCCAGAUAAGGAUGUGCAAGGCUGGGGAGAAAAUGAUCGUGGUGUUUCCUUCACUUUUGGAGCUGAUGUAGUCAGUAAAUUUCUGAAUCGUCAUGAUUUAGACUUGAUUUGUCGAGCUCAUCAGGUAGUAGAAGAUGGAUAUGAAUUUUUUGCUAAACGACAAUUGGUAACCCUAUUUUCAGCCCCAAAUUACUGUGGCGAGUUUGAUAAUGCUGGUGGAAUGAUGAGUGUGGAUGAAACUUUGAUGUGUUCAUUUCAGAUAUUGAAACCAUCUGAAAAGAAAGCUAAGUACCAGUAUGGUGGACUGAAUUCAGGACGUCCUGUCACUCCACCUCGAACAGCUAAUCCGCCGAAGAAAAGGUGAAGAAAGGAA